GCUCGAGUGGAUCGCGUUAGGGCGGGCCUUCGCCGCGCUGCUGCUACAGGGACACCAAGAUGGAAAUCCAGGGGCUUUCUAAUGCCCAAAACACUCACUACCAACAUGGCGUCCCGCCUGAGACUGGUAUGUCUGCGGCGGGAAGGACAGCAGAGACUGUUUCUAGACAAUUUUCAAACGAAAACGAUAAUAGCUUUAAAUCGCAAAGCGACAACAACAACAACCGGCCUUCGUCUGCACCGCUUAGCCUGCUGGCACAAAAUGGCAGCGGAGCUCGGCUCUCAGUGCGACAGAAACAGGGAGAAAGCAGCAGCGCGUUGUCAGAGGACGCUCCGGUGGCUCACAUUGAGCUCUGUAACCUGAACGUGAUGAAGGAAAAGGAGUACGCUGAUUUAGAUCUGCCGCCCGACUUCGUGAGGGCCGAGCUGAAGUACGAAGACGAGACUGAGGACGGCGUGCUGCAAAUGGCGCUGCCACUGUUCGACGGGGAGGAAGACGGAUUCACCGAGCAAAGACCAGAGCACCAAGACACAGUCAUGACAGACACAUGUUCAUCAGCAAGCGACCGCACCACCGCGUCUUCUGACGCCAGGAAACACAAGGAGUUUUAUGUUGUUUUUAAUAAAGUAGAAGAAGACUGUGUGUGUGAAGAAGACGGAGAGAAGAGAGCAAACUGCUCCAAAUCGACAUUCUGCUCAUCAGAGAUGCAGCACACCCCGGCUUUCCCACAGUCACAAGAACACAGUUUGACAAGCAAAGCUAAACCAUCCUCCACAUGCAGUGUUGAUAAUUUGACAAGCAGCUCUAAGCUAGUAACAGACGGGAAGCAGGAAGCUGAGAGGCGCAGCAUGGCGCUGAGACAGGGCGGCGUUCAGAGAGCUGAGCAGAAACUGCCCGCUGUGGUGACCUGCGGGGACUUGGGGUCGAUGCAGCAGGCUUCAGGACAAUUAACCGAGUGUGAAAGUAAAAAUGAUAGCACCGGAAUGCAGGCGGACAGUAACAGACCGUCUUUCGUGGCGGACUACGUGAGUCUGGCGGGUAGCGGUAACGGAGACGCAGCCACCGAGGCGCCACACGACACCUUCUCCGGGACCAUUAUGAUCAACAACCAGAGCAUUAUUGUGACUAUCGAGAACGGUGUUUUAACUCUGGCGGCCCCGCCCGAAGGCUACAGCUACAAGGAGGAUGCAGUGGUGAGUCUAAAAGAGCAUUUAGGCGUGAAGGAGCAUGAAGACAUCGUUCUCCUGAACUACGAGGGCGGCACGAAAUCUCUGGGGAAGAUGUCUGAGGACGGGGGCGGCGCUAUGAGCGACUCCGAGGAUCUUACGCUAACCGACGUCUGCUCACUAUCAGAGCUAGGCCCUCUGGACAACUGUCCGUCUGUUAAACGGGAAGGAGCUCUGUGCGGCCCCGACUCCACAGCGCAGAGCUCAAGAGAUCCGGCUGAGGAUGAGCUGCAGCCCGCAGGCCUCGUCUCUCCAUCUAGCCUGGCGGCUAAAAAAGGCGUCGCGGUGUCGUACCGCUGCCCGCAGCCGGGCUGCGCAUGCGCGUUUGACAGCCGCCAGAAGCUGAAGAUGCACUUGGUGUUUCACGCCGAAGACCAGCGGCCCUUUAAGUGCACCGUGAACGGCUGUGGCUGGUCCUUCACCACCUCUUACAAAUUGAAGCGCCACCUUCAAUCGCACGACAAGUUGCGACCCUUCGAGUGCGAGUAUGAGAACUGUGGCCGCCGCUUUACCACUGUUUAUAACCUGAAGGCGCAUGCGCGAGCGCACGAGCAGGAAGACGCGUUUAAAUGCGAACUUUGCGGAGAACGGUUCCGCAGCGCCACGCGCCUCGCCAACCACCAGAGGUCGCACUUCGAGCCCGAGCGGCCGCACAAGUGUGAAUUCCCAGGAUGUGAAAAGGCCUUCAUCACCUUCAGUGCCCUGUUUUCCCACAACAGAACUCACUUGAGAGAGACAAGCCAAUUCACCUGUACAUACCCAGGCUGUGACAAGCGCUAUGACAAAGCCUGUCGCCUUAAAAUCCAUCUUCGUAGUCACACAGGUGAGAGGCCGUUUGUCUGUGAUUCUGAAUCUUGCGGCUGGACUUUUACUAGCAUGUCAAAACUACUUCGCCACAAAAGGAAGCAUGAUGACGAUCGGCGGUUUCCUUGUCAAGAAGAAGGGUGUGGGAAGUCUUUUACUCGUGCAGAGCACCUGAAAGGCCACAGUAUCACCCACCUGGGCACUAAGCCAUUUGAGUGCCCUGUAGAAGGAUGUAGUGCUAAGUUCUCAGCACGGAGUAGCCUAUACAUCCACUCUAAGAAACAUCGUCAGGAUGGAGUGUCUCUGAGGAGCAGAUGCCCUGUGGCAGGGUGCACCAAGCACUUCUCAUCUCGCAGUAGCCUCAAAAGUCACAUGCUUAAGCACCACAACCUCAGCCCAGAUCUGUUAAGCCAGCUGGAAAACACAGCCACUCUGACACCCAGCUGCGAGCUUACCAGCGCUGCUCAGAGCGCCACCGCUCCUGGCUCUGUGGGAACAGAGCUCAGCAGUCUGGAUCUUUCUUCCCUUUUCUCCAAUGUUCCCUCAGGAGCCUCCACUUUACCUACAGGCCCAAACCCUCAGCCAGGCCCUUCUUCCUUCACCAUGGACAUGGCUCUAGCGAGCAGCGGGAUUCUUACCAUCGAUCCGUCCUCAGUGGGCUCGGCUUUGACAGGGAACAAACCUGUAGAUCCUCUGAUUUUGGCUGCGGGUGGGGAUAUGGGGGUACAUGUCCUGGAUGCAGGUGGAGCGGGUGGGGUUUUACAACAGGCUGCACUGCAGUUGGAUGAUGUACAGACAGUAAACCCAGAGGCACUUGGAGCAUUAACAGCUUUGGCUAUACAGAGCACCUCAGCCGCAGAGCAGCUCCAAGCCCUUAGCUCAUCCAGUGUUUUAACAGCAGAGUCACCUUCCUCUUCUCUAACCCAAUCUCUUACUCCUUCCCUUUCUUCCUCUCUCACCUCUCCACUGUCAUCAUCUCUGGCUCCAUCUCUUGCAUCCUCUCUUGUUCCAUCCCUCGCAUCUUCCACAGUACCGGACCUGCUGUCUCCCCAGGUAAAGGCUGAUAUGGGGGGCAGUGAAGCAGCUGUGGGACCAUUACUAAGUGGAGUGGAGGUCCUGAGCCAGCAAGAGAGCAGCAAGGCUCUGAGUCAGUUCGUUUUUCCAAGCCACAUCACAUCCUACAGCGGACAGAAAGAGACAGAGCUGCCUUCAGUCGCUCCUUGUGCUUUUAUUGAGAGCGGCGGUUCUGCUCGCACAGACUACAGGGCCAUACAACUGGCCAAGAGGAAAAAGCAGAAAGGCCCUGCUACAAGUCCAUCUACUGCAGGGGCAUCUCAGAGGAAGGCUAAGGGGGUGAAGGGUUCCAGUGCUGCAGGGACAUUGGCUACAGUUGGUGCUCGAUUUGGAGAAGGAAAUGUUUCGACAACCACAGCAGGUCUGACUAUUCGAGACCCUGUCACUGGAGUCCAGUAUGUACAGAUUCAGCUACUGCAGGAUGACCCGGCCACAGAUGGAGAUUUGGCUUUCCAGCUUAGUUCACAGACCUCCAGUUCUCAUUCCCAGCUAACGGUUGACUUGCCUGUCAACAUUUUGCAGGAGCCUUCUGCCAUGGCUGAGGACGAUAAUGGAUCUGAUAACUCUCAGUUCACUGGCAGUACCAUUAACCUACAGGACCUUGAAUAAAAGACUCACCUGAGAGCCAACAAGUGCUCAUAUUAGGCCUACUGACCGUUCCUUUUCUCUUUUGUAAAUUUAGAAUGCAUCAGUUUUCAAUAUUUCUGCUGUCCUGGUAUUUGUGUCUACUAAGUGGUGUUUCUAAACUUAAACUGUAAUAUAAUAAUAAAAUGUAUUUGACAAGAAGUAACAAUUUUUCAUGUGCUUCGUGUAUUUUUUUGUAGAGAAUGCUACCUGUACUUGCUAACAGGAUGUACUUACAAACCAACUUUGUAUAUGUAAAGUGAUAUUGAACAGCAAUGAGUUGUCUCAUACAGUAUAUACUAAUUUAAAUUCAAGAAACCAUACACUUUUUGAAUUGGAUUUGAUAAGUCUGGUAUAUUCUGUUUAAGUUAAAGCGUAGUUAUAUAACGGAAUAAAACAGCGCAAUAGUGUAUAAUAGCUGCAAGGUUUAUUAUUUAUGCAGCAACAUGCACAUCAAAAUACCUGUCAUGAACAUUGUCUGGUCUUAAAGUUCUGAUGAGAACAGCUUUUACAAUCAUGAUUUUUUUUUUUUCUCCUCAGUUUUAUUGUUCAUUUUUGUAUGACUUUGUAUAAAAUAUAAAGAUGUGCUUCUUUUUGUUUUGUGUGUACAGUAUAAGGUUAUUAUCUACAAGAUUAAAGGUUGCUUUACUUUUAAUAAAA